AUGACCAGUGCGCUAUCAAAAGAACCUCGGCGCUUUGCUCCCCUCGGCACAGGCCAUGACAAGGAGAUUAAGAGAUGGCCGAAACUUAAUGGUAUUGUUUUUGAUGUUGAUGGGACUUUAUGGUUAGUUUUAUAUUUCUUAUUAGUUUGGAUUUUUGGCUUUGAGAAGCAUAAUUCUAUCCAGGUUCUGGUGGUGGAUACGCUCGAUGACGAGACAGGAAAAGACAUCUUUGAUCUUCAAUCAUCAAGUCAGCGCACAGAUGGGGCGUUGAAGCCAGUGCUCCAACAGCAACAUCUCAGCGUACAUCUCGUUCUCAAACAAAACAAUACAUCUAACGUUUCCCCUUCUCUUAGCGCCCCGCAAAACUACAUGUUCGUCCAAAUGCGCGAGGCUCUCGGCAUAACAAAGGGCGUCGACAUCCUAGACCACUGCCACUCCCUGCCACCAGUUGAGCAAGAACUCGCGCUCGAAAAGAUCCGCACAAUAGAACGCACUGCAAUGCUCACGCAAGUAGCACAACCCGGCCUGGUCCAACUCAUGGAAUACCUCGAGUCCCGCAACAUCCCAAAAGGCAUCUGCACGCGGAAUUUCGAAACGCCUGUGAAUCAUCUGCUGACGACGUUUUUGGCCGGGAGGGUUUUUGCCCCGAUUGUAACGAGGGAAUUCAAACCGCCAAAACCGAAUCCCGCGGGGAUUUUGCAUAUUGCGAGGACGUGGGGUUUCGUGAAGGAGGAUGGCACCGGUGAUGCUGGGGCGUUGAUUAUGGUUGGGGAUUCAAUAGAUGAUAUGACGGCUGGGUAUAAAGCUGGAGCCGCGACCGUAUUACUUGUGAAUGAAGCAAACGCUCAUCUCGCAACACAUCAGCACACCGAUCUCUGCAUAUCUCGACUGGACGAGUUGAUCAACAUUCUCGAGGAAGGGUUUGCAGGACACAUCGCCCAAGGAGACGAAGAGAGCGAUUUGAAGGGACGCGCGGAAGAUGUGUUGAGGGAGGGUGUAGGGGAGACUAAAUAA